GUUCCCUUACAUUUUCCCUGAAAACACGACUCUCCGCUUCUCGCCAUGGGCAAACGCGUAAGACAUGUGGCCAAGACCAAGCGCGUGCUGGUACCUAAAGGCCCAAAGAAGACGAUGACAACGUCCUCGGCGUCCAAAAAGCCGCGGUCAAGCGGGGGACGCAGGAAAGGAGAUUGGAAAAAUGACCUCGCGUUGAUCAAGCGAUUGAGAGCCAGGCGCUCGGCGCCUGUGGAUUCGAUAGGCUGUGAACGCCUGGCCAAUGUGAACGCCUCCCAGGCAGACUUUGAAUGGCAAUGCUUGGUGGCCGCCAUGCUGUCCUCGCAGACUCGAGACCAAGCCACGGCGGAGGCCAUGGCGGCCCUGGAGGCCGCCAAGGUGAACAGCGUCCAGCGCAUCUGCAGCGCCUCCGUGGGGAAAGUGGCGAAGCUCAUCAAAGCCGUGGGCUUUUUCAACGUCAAGGCCAAGACCCUGAGAGAAGCUGCCAGGAUCUGCAAGAAGGAUUACAAGGGGCGCAUCCCCAACACUUUGGAGGGUUUGAUGAAGCUUCCGGGCAUCGGACCCAAGAUGGCACAUUUGAUCAUGCACAGCGCCUUCGAUCGGCAGGAAGGCAUUUGUGUGGACACCCACGUGCACCGCAUCGCCAACCAACUCAAAUGGGUGCGCAGCAAGACGCCCGAGGAGACUCGCAUGCGGCUGGAGGAGCUGCUGCCUCGAAGAGAGUGGGCUGACAUCAACGUGUUGCUUGUGGGUUUGGGGCAAAUGCAGCAGCAGGCGUCCUUGGACCUGAUCUCCCAAGCUCUGCGACUCCGCGGCCGCGUGGACGCUUUGCGCCUGCUCCGGAAGAUUGGGGUCCCUUUGAGGGCUGGACAACAUGAUCAGCUGGACAAAAUGGCUGCAGGCAACAAGGAUGUCCAACGCUUGUUGCGUUGAGAGUCGGGUGGAUCGUGUUGGGUGGUUCUGAACAUCGAUUCCUGUUAGAUGGGUCUGUCCUAAAAUGGGC